AUGCUGCCGGAUCCCGACUGCAUUCUAGAGGAAUCGCAAGAAAUUCCUAAUUCUGGCAAGUCCAGACUGGCCGGGAUUUUAAGAACGUUCAGUGGGUCUGCUCACGACCCUCGACGCUGCAAAAAGCUCACCAUUUCCAAGCCGCACAUGGACUUGCCAUACGGCAAAACCCCGGUGAGUCCAGGCCAAUCUUUGAUAUUUCUAGAUGUGCUACAAGAUUAUCUCCCACAUGAACCCGACAAUGAACGCAAACGGCGCACUCCCAUGGCUAGCUACAACAGCAACAAGCAUUCCAAAAACAUCGGGGCCGAAGUCCAGCGGUUUUUGAACGUGCACAAGGGCGAAGUCGUGCAACUCCUGAACGUCGCUUCGAACAAUCUUGUCGAAGUGCGUCUAGUAAAUCGCGUUGGCAGGGGACUGGUGCCUGCCAGAUGCGUGGCAGUAAACUCAAGUCUGACACCUUCCAGAAUUUCGUCUACGUUUGGCCCUCAAAAUUCACCCGUUUCGACACCGACAACAGUGCAGUCGCUGACCCCAGUUUUGGCCUCUCGUACAAGUAAAAAUGGAGUGGCGGGCUUCACUGAGCAGUUGCCGUCUCCACCCAUGACACCUGCUGCUGAUGCUUUUCUGCCCGACAUCGAGACGUGUCAGGUAGAAGCUAUCGACUUGUGGGACAACCGGGUGUGGUACAAGAUCCGAUGCGUUAUGAAAACUGGGCACCACCGUGUGCUCUCUCGCUUUUACCAGGACUUUUAUUCUCUACAGCUAUUGAUCAGAGACCAGCUGGUAAGCGAAGGUCAUACAGAUGUCCAAGACCUUCUUCCUGGGCUCCCGUCACCGUGCAGAUCGGUCAAUACGUGUCAAAUCAGCAGCAGGCUGCAGGACUUUAACAGGUACCUUGACGAAAUUGUUCAAUCAGCCAUUAUAUCAGAGGAGAACAAGAAGAAUAUUGUUCAGGAUCAUUGGCUGUCUCCCAAGGCAGGAGACAUAGUGGUCACGCCUCGGGGUUCGACUUUUAAACUGUCACCUUCGCCUUCAGGAACCGAUUCCUGGGAAACGGUCGCCUGCAAAGCCUAUUCGGAAGAUAGCACUAUUUUACCCAGUCCCAUCCCAGCAAGAGCUGUUCCUGUACGUCUGAACCCGGGUAAAGGUGUGCACAAUCGCUCUUCCUCUUUCACAGCAAUUAAGAAUGCGCCCGAAUGUCCGAUCACCAAAAGACAGGUCCAUUCUGCGCCCACGACGCCUCUUCUCUCCUACGCAGAAAUGAACGAUUCACCUUCAAGAGAAAAGGACAUCAAAGUGAAGAUAUUGUACGAUGGUGAAUGUUUUGUCGCCAAAUGUUCCCCUUCCGAAGUUCAAUCUUACCAACAAGUGAAUCGUUUGUGUCACGCUAAACUUACGGGCUACCUGCCUGACGCAAGCUUCCCAUUGAUGAUAUCAUAUAUCAACGACAAGCAAGAGUCUGUGGUGUUAACAGAAGAAUCAUUCGGCACUUCCUUGACAGGUUCUCGAAUCAGCAAUCUCGCUGCACGCAAUAUGACAUGCUCGAGCUUGAGAAAGUUAGUACUACGUGUCACAACGUGA